GUGACUGCUGGGACGUUGCAGUUGACUGGUAUCAAUGCUGUGAUGAAUUAUGCGCCGACGAUCAUGAGCAGCUUGGGGAUGGAGCCUCUUGUGGGUAACUUUGUGGUGAUGAUGUGGAACUUCGUGACGACUCUGUUCUCGAUCCCGCUUGCCUCGUACUUCACGAUGCGUCAGUUGUUUCUUGCGUGUUCGCUCACUGCAUCCCUUGCAUGUUUGUUUCUGUGUGGUGUCCCUGUGUGGCCUGGCGUGGCAUCUACAAGUGCGAAGAACGGUGUUGUGAUCACUGGGAUUGCUGUGUUCCUUGCUGCAUUCGAGUUUGGCAUUGGUCCUUGCUUCUACGUACUGGCUCAGGAUCUGUUCCCGCGCUCGUUCCGUCCGAAGGGUUCCUCCUUUGUAUUGCUGAUGCAGUUAGUUUUAUAG